AUGACGAAACUGCUCAUUAGAGAUCAGCUCCUCAAAACCUCACUCCUGCUUCCCUCUUGCUUCCCCCCACGCAUCUGUGGUACCUUAGCUCCUUGUGUCCUGGCAUGCCAAGUAGCGGCAAGCCUUGGUGAAUGCUGCUGCCUGCCGAUCCUCCCUGGAGCCUUGGUGGCUCUCCGGACGGGCUUGCGAGAACAGCAACGUAUCAAGGGGGAUGUGUGCUGCGAUUGGGUGGCUGCCUGCUGCUGCUGCCCCUGUGCCACGUGCCAGAUGGCGCGUGAGAUAAAAAAUCCCUGUUAAACCAUCCUUGGACUCCACGAAGCCCUCUUCACAAUUAACCAGGAAAGAGAAAUUUACCUGCCGGGAAGGAAUGACAUCAAACUGAGCUGAACAAGGGCUUAAAACAAGAGGCAGCCACACAGGGAAUGCAGCAGGAGGCAAUAAUCCCAUGCAACCCUUCCCACCCCCCAAUCUUCCUGCCCGCUUCCAUCACCAACGUUUUGACACACCUGGCUCCCCGCAGCAGCGUCGAGGGCAGCUUGAUAACAAAAAAAAACAGCGGAGCUCCCUAAUUCCGACCAGUUUAGCUGCUUGGAAUUAACACGCUUCUGCGAACUGCUUUCCAUUCGUUCGCUCCCAUCCAGCAGGGGAUUAACGACUUUUAAUCACCACGCGGCAACUCGCCCGGCAUCGCGACAAACCAGCCCUUCAAGAUCAAGAGGCUACGCACAACCGCAAGCACAAUUAUCUCCCAGGCAUCAAAGGGACACCAUCUGCUUCUUCUAACCAUUUUGCAAGGGAGAUCGCUAUCAACGCAAAAGCCCAUUCGUGUUAACAAAACCACAGGCCCGGCGGGAAAAUUGCCCAACGUGCUUUUCCCCUGAUUUGUUCAGGAGAUUGUAGCUGCUUUUCCACGCUCCAGAUUGACAAUGAUUCAUUCCAAACCAACUUUACUCCUUCUCGAACUUCUGAUCCCAAGAGAAGUAUUGUCAGCCAACUACGUUUAACAGUGAUUCGGGAUUUUGGGGUUUCCGCGGAGUGGGACGGCUGAUAGUCCUGGCCGAUCUGCAGCAACACUGGGUAGAAAGCAAGCGACUUAAGAUCUAGUAGAUUCUCUACACAGCGGUGGAAAAGCAAGGCUGUGAACAAUCAAGGGAAAACUCCGUCCUUCCUCCAUCUCUACACUCACUUUUGGACAAGUCUGGCCCGGAGCUCGAGCACAGUCUGCUUGGUGGAUUUCGUCCUCGGGGUUUCCACCCUGUAUGGAAACAUCAGCUAAACAAAAGGGUGGGGGUUCACACGUAUGAAGACACAG